UGUUUCAGUUUUCAUUGUGUAGUAAGACAACUACCGUCAUUCCAACUAUUAUUAUACCUCCAGCAUAUUUUAUAAGAUUUAUAGCUAUCAUAGUAGCAAACACUAUAGAUAAACCUUGUCAUUUUUAUCUAUGCUGCGCUGUUGUAAAUAGUGGGCGUGGCUUACAGCUUAUUACUACAGUCUAAUUAGUCUAGGUUAUCUGAAUUAAUGAGCCCCACUCAACUUUAGCAGAUGAAGUGGCUUGCUGUUUAUUGGAUUUUUCUUUCUCUGGGAUCUGCAUAUUUAGAAUCUUUCGACUCAGGAUCAGGAUCUGGUGAUAAUGGAACAGAAGCACCAACACCAACAGUUUGUCGGUGUGUCUCUGGUGGUAAUAAUACAAUCAUCAACCUUGCACCAACCAUAACUGUCACUGUCACACAGACCAUUACUGCAUUUCCAUUGCCUCUUGAGGCUACCAUUGUCAUUGGUGCUGGCAGUGGUGUAGUUCUGGCAUUAUUGAUGAUCAUUUUAGUGAUUGUUGUAAUUUUAUGUUUUAGCAAAAGGUCAAAAAAGAAGAAAGCGGCCAUCUUUCCAAGUGACAGAGCAUUGGAAAACAUUAGAUUAAAUGAUGCAAUUUCCCUCCAAAGCUAUGAUGAUACUGAUGAGCUAACCGACUGGUGAUGAUGUUUAAUUUUUACAUUUUCCCAUAUU